CACCCUCUCCCAUUCUUCCUCUGCUCCCCCCUCCUCCUCUCCUGUCUGCUCCUCCCCCUCUGGCUUCCCCCUCUGCACAAGGAAUGCAUUCCCCACCCUAGCUGCUCCUGUGCCUCUUUACUGCACUCUACCAAGGGCACCACCAUGCUGCAGCCGGGCCCCAGGCUCCUUCCCCUUGUGCUCCUCACAGCCAUUCUCCAUUGCUCAGCCAAGGAAGAUGGCCCCAUCCACGUGAGUGGCGCACUGAACCAAUUUAUCUUCUUGUCCAACUACCUGAGCUUGGAAGCGCCCGCCCAGCAAGUCACUUGGUUUUUUAACAACAAUGGGACGAAGUCCAAGCUGGCGGAAUACAAGAAUCAGCAUUUUGAGAUCAUUAGCAGCCAAUUUACCGACCGGCUGGAAGAGUCGAACGAUGGGACGACGUUAAAGAUCAGUGACCUGAGCGUGGAGGACGGUGGAAUCUACUCGGCCAUCAUUACUCUGGAGGAUGAAGAGACAAAGGAGAUUGCUUUUAAUCUCACUGUGAGCGUCCCUCAAGAAAAAGAAGGCACCGCUAUCCAUGUGACUGGGGAUCUAAACCACUCCGUGUACCUGUCAAACUAUGUGACACUUCCAGCUCCCAUUUUGGAAGUCACUUGGUACACGGUGACCAAUGGCAGCAAAGUGAAACUGGCCGAAUUCAAGAAUAAAAAUCUUGAGGUCUCCAACGCUCAGUAUGAUGGACGCCUGGAAGCUUCUAACGAGGGAGCAACGUUACGAGUGAAGAAGCUGAAGAUGGAGGAUAGCGGGCUCUUCGCUGCCACCAUGGUGCUUAUUAAUGGGGAGACAAGCGGCAUCUCGUUCAAUGUCACUGUGUCCGACAAACAAGACGCUCCUAAGGAGGUUGCAGGCGUUCAAAACAGAUUGGUGGAAUUGUCCAAGAAACGAAAGAUGUUUGUUGCCGUGGAGAGCGUGACUUGGUACUUCACUAGCAAAGGGCAAAAAUUCCAGCUGGGCGUGUACAGGAACGGGAAGUUCAUGAACACCAACAAUGAGUUAAGCCGGCGCCUCAGCACAAGGUUUAACGGCACACGGUUAAAAAUCGAUAACCUGAGGUUGAAGGACGGCGGAAUCUACACCGGGCACAUUGAGUUUGUGGAUAAAGAAUCACAAGAGAUGUUGUUUAACCUCACUGUUUAUGAGCCUCUCCCAACCCCGAAUAUAACAAUCAAACUGUGGGCGACCGGCGAGGGCUGUAAUUUUACCCUCCGAUGCCACAUCCCAGGGAACCAGUCCUUGCUGAGUUAUUUCUGGAAAAGCCGCUAUUUGUCGAGUUUCUACCAGUACUAUAAAAACGGCAGCACCAUCCACGUGGCCCAGAGGGCUUCCCUGAUCGAACACAAGUAUCAGUGCAACGUCAGGAAUCCAGCCGAAAUCACCGUCGCUUCCGUCUCCUCUAAGGAUAUCUGCUCUAAAAGACCCCUCAAGACCAAGCUAAGUGUUUGGGGCCUAUUUGGAAGUCGUAAAGAUUACUACUGGACCAAAUACGUGAAAAUUUUAUUGCCCAUAUUCGGCGUUUCGCUGUUCAUACUGACUAUCCUCAAAAGAAAGAAAAUCAAGGAAAUGUUGUGUGGAGCAGCUGACUCUUCCCAUACACAAGAAGGAUACGCACCUCCUGAGGGACAAAUGACUGACGUUCAAAUGAUGAACCCCAACAUCCCAAAUCAGGGCGUGCCUGUGUUUCCUCCUGGACCACCGGGAGCUCCUGGAUAUCCUCUUCCUGCUGGCUACCCCCCUGCUGGCUAUCCCCCUGCUGGCUACCCUCCACCAGCUGGCUAUCCUCCCGGUGCAUAUCCUUAUCCUGUUGCUUAUACUCCUGCUGGAGGACCUACUAUGGGAUAUCCUCCUGCUGGUGCCCCUCCUGAGGGAUUUCCCCCUGCUGGAGCCCCUCCUGUGGGAUAUUCACCUGCCGGUGCCCCUCCUGAGGGAUUUCCCCCUGCUGGAGCCCCUCCUGUGGGUUAUGCUCCUACCGGAGCCCCUCCUGAUGGACAGUCACCUUCUGGAGCCCCUCCUGCAGGAUCCCCUCCCACAGGAUAUCCUCCUGCAGGAUAUGCCCCUCCCACCGGAUAUCCUCCUGCAGGAUAUCCACCUCCCCAAGGAUAUCCCCCUCCCACAGGAUAUCCCCUUGCUGGAUACCCCCAGCCUGUAAUUCCUGGUGCAGAUAACAACCCUGCUAUGGGCAAGGACUCCGAACCAAAGGUCUAAAAGGAAAGGUUCAAGCCAGGCUGCAGGAUGGUAUCCGCUGGCAAAGGAGGAGUCACGUGACAUUGGAAAGAACAAGGAAGACAUCAAUAUGAACAAUUUGUUAGGGACAUUAAUGUGGAUGUAACCAAUUCGAGAAGAAAGGGGGGAAAAUUAGACAUUUACCUGAAUGUUGGCACUACCAGAAAGGAAACCUCCGGACUGUUUCAGUGCUUUACUCCUUUUCUAAAACAAGUUUUGGUCUUGUAUGAAUAAACCAGAUAGUGGUUGUUUCUCUGUUCGUACCACAUACGUAGCUACCUCAUAUUGUGGGCAUAGCAAGGGAACCAGCCUGCCUUUUCAGCAGUUGGAGACCAUCUCUGAUCUUUGGUUCAUCUGUCUCCGUUUUUUGUUUUUAAAAGGACAUAAAAUGACUUAGGAGCCGUGUAAGCAUGAACAUGAGCCUUGCAUGUACAGGAUUGUAUCCCUUUUUUAAUUUUAUUUGUUUUUUUACACAAUAAAAUGAAGGAAACGCCAUACGAUUAUGGCUGAUUAGACAGAAACACAGUAGCACACACAGUAGACCUCAAUGGUGCAACUGCAACCCAACGCUGACAGUCGGUGUCUCCUGGAAUCAAAUCUUGUUCAGGUACUGCUGCAUUUUUUUUCUUACUAGGACGUAUGAACAACUACGGUAACAAUCUUUGACACCUUUUUUUAUUAUUAGCAGUGCUAGAAUGUUUGGCUUUAUUGUUCCCAGACCCUCAAGGAAAUGGAAUCCAAUGGAAUCCUUACUAAACUCUUUUAUAUUGGGAGAUUGAUAGGGAAACACUGGGAGAACCAAUGGAAUCCUUACUAAACUCUUUUAUAUUGGGAGAUUGAUAGGGAAACACUGGGAGAACCAAUGGAAUCCUUACUAAACUCUUUUAUAUUUGGAGAUUGAUAGGGAAACACUGGAAGAACCAAUGGCCAACAUUGUAUGUGAGAUCUUACAAUGGAAUCCUUACUAAACUCUUUUAUAUUGGGAGAUUGAUAGAGGAACAUUGGAAGAACCAAUGGCCAACGUUGUAUGUGAGAUCUUACAAUGGAAUCCUCUUUUAUAUUGGGAGAUUGAUAGAGGAACACUGGAAGAACCAAUGGCCAACGUUGUAUGUGAGAUCUUACAAUGGAAUCCUCUUUUAUAUUGGGAGAUUGAUAGAGGAACACUGGAAGAACCUAUGGCCAACAUUGUAUGUGAGAUCUUACAAUGGAAUCCUCUUUUAUAUUGGGAGAUUGAUAGAGGAACACUGGGAGAACCAAUGGCCAACGUUGUAUGUGAGAUCUUACAAUGGAAUCCUUACUAUACUUCUUUAUACUGGGAGAUUGAUAGAGGAACACUGGAAGAACCAAUGGCCAACAUUGUAUGUGAGAUCUUACAAUGGAAUCCUUACUAAACUCUUUUAUAUUGGGAGAUUGAUAGGGAAGCUCUGGAAGAACCAAUGGCCAACGUUGUAUGUAAGAUCUUACAAUGGAAUCCUUACUAAACUCUUUUAUAUUGGGAGAUUGAUAGAGGAACAUUGGAAGAACCAAUGGCCAACGUUGUAUGUGAGAUCUUACAAUGGAAUCCUCUUUUAUAUUGGGAGAUUGACAGGUCCACUGGAACACCGAGCCUUGGCCUCAUACAUUGCUCAAACUUUGCCCCUAGCCACCUAUAGGGUGGGUAUUGGCCCUGGACAAUCUAUUUUAGUUUGUUGUAUGGAAUUCAGUAGAUGAAAGGAUAUCUGACCUAUCUGUUACAUGCAGUGCCUAGUACAUUGUUGAAGGAUCCUAUCUGGGAUUUUAUACCCAUAGUCAGUAUGUGCUAUUAUUUAGCCAGUGGAUAGAACAACUUUUGCAUGGGCGAUCAAACAGGGGUACCAGUAAUACCUAUAGAAAGGGAAGAGGGUACUCUCAUACUCAUAAACUCUCUACUGCACUUAUAGGAAUAGACUGUGAACUAUAUAGUUAAGGAACUUUGUCUCCAAACAGAACAUUCCUUACAUGAUACUUUGCCUUUAUAAGUGGAAGCUACAACACUGAUUGUCUUGGCAACAGAAGGUAUGAACCUACUAUGGAGUUAUUUGCCGUCAGCUGCGGCCUUUCGGCCAUUACCAAAAUGUCAAGAUCAACUCAGGGAGCCAUAGCAUCUUGUCACCCUAUGACAUAAGUAGAACGAGGUCAUCUGCUCAAUACAUUUUCCAACAUGAAACGAUUAGAAGAUCACUUUAUUUUGGACCCAACAAGAGGGCAGAAAUUCAGUAGGUCCACAGAGGUCUCUGAGGGACAGAAGAUGUACCACACUUUGAAAGAGCUGUGAAUUCAUUUGGCUCAGGGAAGCUUGGAAGUCGAGAAUUGAGAGUUGAAGUUUUGAAGUAGAUCUGAUGACUAAACGUGUCCACCAGUGUCUCAGUCUAGAAGAGUUCUAGAAGAGUACUGCCCAACCAUCUCCAGGCAACAGGUUGAUGAUUAUCCAUCAUAUCCAAAACUGGCAGCCUGGAUUAUAAAUAAGUGAUGAUGUUAUACAAGGAAUAUUUUCUCCUUGGAAAUAAAAAUCCAGUGGAUGGUCACUCUUGACAGCCAUGAUCUAGAACAGUGUCUUCCAUGAACAUCGAUCUUCAACUUGAGGCAGUGACUGGAGCACAAAUUCCAGCGUUCCUCACCAUAGGGUGUCAUUAGGAUUCUGAAGGUUCAUAGUUCUACAGCAGUUCAUGAACCGCACUCUGAAGCUGUAGAACUGCAUAGUGGAGUUGCAGAACCCCAGGGUCCUAGACCAUGGGACAGGCAUUAGUGUACAACAGAAGCAUCUAACAGACAUUCAGUAGGUAACAAGGGAGUUACACAAUGGUCACUGCAUGAGCUUUGCCAAACAAGGAAGCCCUCAGGUCAACGGUAACCAAUAGGCAUACAUUCCUAAUAGUGUACCAGGGGGCUAUUAAAAUCCUUAUAAAUGAACAUGGGUAAUCAUGUGGAAAGUGCGGAUUUGUGCUGCAUUGAUAUUAUGCCGGAAUCCAAUGCCUUAUAGGAAGAAAUCCCCAGGGUUUCAGUGUUUGUGUUGGAAUGUAUAUCAGUAUUAUCAUGUAAGGCGUAGCCUUAGAACACGUGAUUGUAUAAUGUAGAAGCUGAUUGGCCAGUUAGUGUGUGUACUUAUUAUAUCAUAACGCAAAUUUGCUUACAUCAUACUCCAUUGCUUUAUAUCCACGCACGCGGAUGGCUAUUCCGGUAUGGGAAACUAUAUGACCAGAUAAACACGUUACUGUAGAUAUAGUCAUUUAUGAACACUGGGCAAAUUUGCUCUUGGGCAGUAACCCAUGGCAACCAGUUACAUUGUUCCAUUCAUUGCAGCUGACUGAAAAAAAACAAAUCACUGAUUGGUGGUUAUGGGUUACGGCCAGCAGGCAAACUUACCCAGUGUUACUGAAUGAGCCCUACUGACUCACUGCAUUAAGGGUUGAGUGGGGGCAAAUAAUCCAAAGACCCUGCCCCCAGCCCUCUUUAACAGGGCUCAUUGGGGAUUUUUUUUAAAUUGGUCAAAUAUGUCAUAUGCUGUUUGUUUUAUGGUAUUUCAUGAAGGGAAAAAAUAAAGACACUGAAAUGGUAA